AUGGGCUGUGGGAACAGUAAGGUGCUGCCCGAGGCGUCCAAGAAGGGCUACGUCAGCGUGGUGCAGUCGCUCGUGGUUUUUAGUAAAAGACAUGAAGGUGAUGAGCCGAAGAAGCACAAAGAGAAGCGAAGAGGCCCGUGGUUUUCCAACAGCGACGACGGUCCUCGACCGACAUCGAGCGGCCGACAGCAAUUCACGCAAAGACGAGAACGGGACAAAGCUGCCAGCUAUAAGGACACGUUUGAGCCACGUGUCACUGCACGAUAUGACAUCAAGGCUCUGAUUGGUCGUGGAAGCUUCAGCCGCGUGGUGCGCGCCGAGCACAGGGCGACUCGCCAGCCGUUCGCCAUAAAAAUGAUGGAGGUAGCGGCCCCGCGGGGACGUGAGGUGUGUGCGUCGGAGCUGGCGGUGCUGCAGCGGGUGAACCACGCCAACGUGAUCCAGCUGAUCGAGGUGUUCCAGUUUCCGCGGCGGGUCUACGCGGUGCUGGAGCUGGCCACGGGCGGGGAGCUGUUGGACCGGGUGGUCAGCAGAGGUCACUUCACGGAGCGAGACGCCACCCGGGCCCUGCAGAUGGUCCUGGCCGGGGUGGGACACCUGCACAACCUCGGGGUCACCCACAGAGACUUGAAGCCCGAGAACCUUCUGUACUACCACCCCGGAGCCGACUCCAGGUUGCUGGUGACGGACUUUGGAUCGGCCACUUUUGGCGGCACGCUCGCAGGGUCUGAGGUUUCUAAAACUGGGGAACAACCUGGAGAAGACCGGUCGUGGUCUUUGAGGACCACCUGUGGAACCCCCGAGUACAUGGCCCCUGAAGUGUUGCUGAGGAAACCCUAUACCUGCGCGGUGGACAUGUGGGCUCUGGGGGUGAUCGCCUACAUUGUGCUGAGCGGAUCCAUGCCGUUCGAGGACGACAAUCGGACAAGACUCUACAAGACCAUAGUGAGGGGAAAAUACAGCUUCCACGGAAAUCCUUGGCCCUCAGUGUCCAACUUGGCAAAGGACUUCAUCGCGCGCCUGCUGGUGUCGGACCCGGCCGCCCGCCUCACUGCCGACCAAGCAAUCCGACACCCCUGGGUGGUCACCAUGGCAGCCGGCGCCUCCAUGAGGAACCUGCAUCGAUCUAUUUCCCAGAACCUCCGGCAGCGGGCGUCACGCGGCUCCUCCCGGUGCCCGAGCUCCGGCGACGCCAAAGAAAAAAAACCAACAGCAGCAGCAGUCAAGCAAAGCAGCUGGAAUGAGUCAGACGCCCUGAAGCCAGAGGGCAUCAGGAGCAUCAGCAACUAA